UUAAGAAAAUGACAGAGUUCGGGGCAAGAAGAUAUCGAACGCUGGGGGCAGUGUGUGACGAUUUUGAUACUUCAAAUAUUUUAGGAGAAUAACAAAUUAAUUGAAGUUGAUCGCUCGCUUUUUUGCAAAAUACUGGCUACCGUAAGAUUUGGGGUUAUUUUGGCUAAAAAAUUUUUUAAGAAGAAAGCGUAUAAAACCGAAAAAAAUUGAUUAUUGUCAAGACUAUGUUUACCGCCCUGAUGAUGGCACUAAAGAAUUGUAUGAUAUUGUGGAUUUGGAUCAUUUUUCAGUGAGUUAUAGGUUGUGAUGGCUAAUCCCAACAACUCCCAAACAUCCUUUCAAGAAGAAUUUAAUCGACUCACAUUUUUGGCAUCAAUAGCGACUGGUUCAUCUGCAACAACACGACCAAUUGGCUCCACUUCUCAAGCAAAAAAUUCUCUCAAUACGUCAUUUGUCCCAAAUACCUCAACAGCCAACAGUUUUUCUGUAUUGAGGGGAAGUACUUCAAAGCCAACAACAGAUCAACCUUUAGUAAAUGGUUCAAACAGAACUAUUACCACUGUGGCUUCCAGUACAACGAAUGUGGGGAAAAUUAAUAGUUUACUAAUUAACUCAGGUUUACGAAAUAUCAAUUCAGCUGCAGGUGCUUUUCGAAAUCAAAACAUUGUAAGUGCUUCCACACAAAGGCAACCCAUAAGUCAUUCUCAGUUUCACACCACAGGAGGUCCUCGGGCAGUUUCGCAGAUGCGUCCACAACUUCAAAAUCCCCGAAUGCCAACACCUAGGCUACAAGCACAAAAUCAGCAAUUAAAUUCAACUCCUCCAAAAACUAUUUUAUUUUCACCAUAUUCACCAAACAAGACUUCUUCUGCACAGCAGUUAACACGGCCUAGUGCCCUUCAACAAAAUAUGACAACAAAUGGCCUGAAUAUGACCCCAACGACAAACACAACCACUAAAGUUACAAUUAGUUCAAAUAGCCAAUCCAUGAAUCCAACAUUGAUUAUAUCACAAAAUUCGAGCCCUUCUAAAAUGGCAACACAGAGUAUAGCAACAUCAUCUGGUCAAACAAUUCUGUUACCAGCCAAUUUUGCAGGUAUGUCUGGAAAGGUAUUUAUAGUAAAUAAUGCAGGAAAAGCUCCUCAGACAAUAGCAAUAGCACCCACGUCAAAAUCUUUGCAACAACUUCAGCAACAAACACAAGUCCUUCCGUCACAGCAAUCCAAUAUUCAGACUUCACAACAAGUGUUACUCCUUCCAAAUCCUGUGCCACAAAAUGCAUCAGACAAACCGAAUAUGCCAAUGACUUCAUUGCAACAACAUCAACAGCAAGUUGUCAACAAUGCCUUACAAAUGAUUGCUGCACAGCACAAUAGUCCUCAACAACUCAAAAUUCAGCCAUCCUCUGUUACCAAUCAACUUGCUCCAAAGCAAAUGCAGUCUGUUUCUCUUAGUUCAUUUCAAAACAUCCGACCUAAAUCUUUUUUGCCACAAACAAAAACCAUACAGCCAAAAAGUAGUAAUUCUGUGAAUUCUUUUUCACAGGGAAAAACAAGCGUAAAUCCUGCAUCAACACAAGCGAUUCGACUCUCCCAUUUUCCCACGCAAGGUAAGAAAUCGAUAUCAAUGACGCAAAACAAUCAAGCAAACGUUUUGUUGCCAAGUACAGCAUCCAGGGAUAGGGUUGUUUCAACUGCACAAGCAUCACCCUUGAUGUCACAAUUUGAUAAAACAAUGUCACACCAUUUGCAAACUCUUGAAAAAACUGACCCGCAUUUGUUUUUGCACAAAGGCAAUAAGUUGGUAAUUAACCAAUUUCAAAAAUCAUCUUUUGAUAAAACUUUUAAAACAAUGCAACCAUCAGCUAAUGGACAGCAGCAACAAGUGGGUAGCAUACUGCAACAACAAACAUUAAAUAGAAGUAAUAUCCAAACCAGUGUUUCGGGUUUAACCUCACAACUGAAGCUACAGUCAAACUUACAAUCUCAAUUUAAUACCUCACAACAACAUUCUAUGGCAUCGCAGCAUAUAGUCUCCACUAGUCCUCCUGUCAGUAUUGCGACACAAGUUUUAACAAUGCCCCAAAAGCAACAAGCAGCAUUGCAAAGCAUUUUAAAACAGCAAUUACAGCAACAGCAAUUGCAGAACAAGGUCAUUGUUGGAAAACCUCAGCAAAAUAUUCUAAAGCAACAAACUCAAGUCACAACGCAACAAAUUCUUGCUCGGCAACAACAAUUGCAGUUACAGCAACAGCAGCAACUUCUUCAACAAAAGCUUGAUCAAAAAAAUGCUGUUAGUCAACCACAGUUAUUCAUGAUGCAACAAAAAAUUCUGCAGCAGGUGCAGAACCAGCAAAAAAUCUCUCCACAAUUAAUUAAUGUUUCGCCGAAAAUCGACGUUGUGCAGCAGUCAACAGUUCAACCAAAUGCUCCUUUGAAACUACUAUCCAGUUUGACAAAUAUGGUAAAUUCUUCGCUUAAUUCGAAAACGAUUAAUACAUCAUCAGUCAAUGUAAAUGCUAUGAACAAAACUACGUUAUUGCCAGGGCUUGCUUCUGGCGGACAAGUUGGAAUGAGUCCUGUGUUGGUGCAACUACCAAAUGGUGCACAUGUUUUAAACACUACUCAGCUGACACCAGCCCAAAUUAUUGAACUUCAAAAAUCACUUCAAGCAAACAUGAACAAACAGUCAAUUGCCUCCACUACCCCUCUGCCUGGUCAAUCCAUUGUCUCAACAGUCACAAAUAAUAUUCAAAAUCAUAUAACAGGGCCCGCAUUAUCAGCAGCUGCAAAAGCUGCUUUGCAAAAUGCAUCUAUUCGUCCUGCUUUAGGGCGAUCAGCGUUCUCUUUACAACAAGGAAAAAACAUCAAGGUUACUGGUCAACAACAACAACAGCAACAGAGUUUACAAAAGCAACAGUUAGCUUCAUCUAUAAAAGAACAACUGGCUUUUAAUAAAAAUCUUCAGGAGCAACUAAAACAUUUGACACCCACACAACGAGAUUUAAUUAUAAAACAGUACGCUGCAGGGAAAAUUAAUAUCAACUCAUCUACAUUGUCUGGUCCUGUACUGUUAGCUUCUAUAUUAAAAAGAGACAUCGAAUCAUCGGCGAAUUCCUCAUUGCCAAAACCGAAUAUUCUUCAAAGGAAAAGUGAAUCCUCCAAGAUUGCCAAUCAAGCUAUUAAAAGGUCUUUGGAUGCUGUGAAAACGGAAGCAGAAGAACAUCCCCUCGCAAAAAAAUGGAAGAGUGCACUACAAACUGACCAACUACGAUAUGUGUCACCACAGUACAGAACUCCGUUCAAAAACGUUAAAGAUGCUAUAACUAGACUUUUACCGUAUCAUAUCUGUCAGGACGAUGACGAUAAUGAUGAUGAUGAAACAAAAGAAAAUCGUAAACAUGAUUUUUUGCUCCAGACGUAUGCUAAAAAUGUACAGGAUCGCAAAAACUGGAUGCUCGCUAAAUUUAAUCAUCUCCUGCUGGAAGAAGACCAGAUAACUUCGCCAACGGCUGAUGAGAUUUUAAUAAGGCGAUUAUAUGCAUCUUCAGAGCAAGAACGAUUUGAACUUCAAAAGUCAUCCAUAUCGGAAGGUAGGGCGUUUGUUGUGAAAAACGAAGCUAGAAACGAGCUGGAGUGCGUCGAGGUUGGGUUGAAAGAAGAAGAGGAAAUCUCCAUCAACAUAUCCGAAAAGCAACGACUGGAUAACCGGUUACUCAUAGCUCAUAAAGACAUGGCCAACAUGCAAGAAGACAGCGAUAAUGAACUCGGAGACGACGAUGACGGGUUAAAUGAGGAUGACGCCGUCGUUGACGAAGAUGACUACGACAUGAAUGAACAUGACGGAGUUACAGCGGAAGAAGAAAUCGAAGUCGAGGAAAUUGCAGAAACUUUUGAAUGUAAAGAAGACAUAGAACUUGCCGCAGCUACUACGAAUUUACUCGCCGAUCUGCAACAAGACGACGAUUAUCAGUUUGAUUUUAUGUUAUGAUAACUGUUUAAGGUCGGUUCACACUACGCGUCUAACUGGCGUCAAUCACCGUCAAAUGCGUCGUUAACAGUUUUUCCAAAAGAUAACUGCGACUUUCGCGCUAACAGCAUUUUAGAUGUAAAAGCUUUUUUCCCUUUUUGUUCUCACCAUAAACGCCGAUUGGCCGCCUAAAUAAUAUAUAUAGAAAAGGAAUUUCAAUUUGGCGUCAAACUCUCGCAACAGGCACUUUCACGUUCACACUAAGGCGCUUAAAAAUCAUACUCAGCAAAAUCAACGGCAGUCAGACGCAUAGUGGAAACCGAGCUUUAAAAAAUGAAUUUAUUUAUGUGUUGUUGUUGAUGUUGAAUCGUAUUUUGCUGGUCUAAUUUUUAUAUAUCGUAUUUUUUGCGAUAUUUUCACAAGCAUUUGAGAUUUUGUAGCGUUGCAUUGUUGAUAUGAUGCCAGCUGAGACAGCCUCUUGUUUCAUGUUACUUUGUAAGACUAUUUUUUACGAGAAAAUAAAAAAACGAGAAUCUUAUUAAAUUAAAAAGCAAAUAUUACUAA